GACCAGGGGGAGGCUGCAGUCAGGUGGAAAUUCCGAUUUGAGUGAUACAUCGAGAGCCAGGGACAACCGUGGUGGAUCGGAGAUGAGAACACAUCGAUGCCUUCGCCCAGCUCUGUGAAGGCAGCUCUCAAAACACACCGUGUCGACGUCCCGGAAUUGUCGUCUCGUAGACGUCUCAAAAGAAGAAAAGACCUCUUUUGCGUGUCCACCAGCGAACAGCCCGAUUCUUCAGCAGAGUAUCACUGCUGCAAAGGUUGCGGUGUGCCAUCGCCAAGAGUCUAUGAAAGCGGGUGGACGUGCCUCUCGCCCGACUGCAGUCAAUUUUGGUCCUUUGCCAAAUGCGCUCCCGAGUCGCUGAGAUACCGUCACGAUUUUCUCCAACUUCGCCCGGAGCCAAGAUUGUUCGCGGUGGGAGGAAUGCCAUUCCCACUUGCUCCGGCAAGGUCAUCUGCUUGGACACAAGGUCGAGGCCAGGAGCCGAGCAGUGAUGACUUACGCGGGCUUCACUGCAUACAGUGCGGUCGCAUAUCUUGUCGACGAUCGCCGCAUUAUCUGCAGUGCCAGACCUGCUAUGCCCAGACAGUAUCCCCAUCAACAGUCGUAGCGGCCCCACAGUUGGAUGUGACGACACCGACACUGCAAGACACCAUCGUUGAUCCUUCGUCUGGAAUCAAGUCUGUAUUCAAGACAUUGCAGGAUCGACACGGUCGGCCCAUGGAGGUUGCCUCUUUUCUCCUGGACGAACAGGGCGACUGUGCAGUGCACAUUGUCCAAGGACUCGAGCCCGAGAUGGACGAGAUAUUUACAGAACUGCAGAGAGGACUGUCUCCAAGGGACUUGCAACAGCACUCGUGGGAGGAGGUCGUACCAUUUAUGCGACACCCUCUACAUCGACACACGAUGAAGGGCGAUCUUCUCUCACAGCAAUUUACCUUCAACUAUGGUGUAGGCUACAAGCACGCGGUGGACAUGUCGACCGUCCCUCUGUCCCAGGCACCAAAGUCCGCACAGAGUGCGCUUGCAUUGCUCGAGGAGAGAACCAAGGCCGUGCUUGGUGACAGGCCACCUCCAGAUCAGGGUGACGGCGUAGGACCAGGAUACUUUAACGAGCUGUAUCCCGUCCGCUACGUCGACUCGCAAAGGAUGAAUUUCCAUGACGAUGGCGAACCGGGCCUAGGCCCGAUUAUAUCGUCUUUGUCCUUGGGGGUCGGGGCCACAAUGACUUUCAGGAGCAAGGGCAAGGUGCGGGGAUCGUCCAACAGUGCAGGCGAAAAGAAGGGAGUGGGAGCAGCAGUAGCAACAAAGAGCAUCAAAGUGCUCCGGAUCCCGUUAAGGCACGGUACAGUGGUGAUUCAACAGGGGCUCGACCUCCAAAGACGAUUCGAACACCAGGUGGUACCCCUUGCAGACGUCGGAAAGGAAGGAGCAGGCGGUAUCAGGAUGGCUUUGACAGCGAGAUACAUCGAUGCCUCUGUGAAUGACAAGACGACCAUGUCCACGAAAAAGAGACCAUCGAGUGGAGAAAUCGAGCCUCGGCCUGACAAGAAAAGAUGAGAGGUUAAACUGCGAGCCAAAAGCAGCUCAUGGGGCCUCGGUCGACACAAGGCAGACAUUGACAAUUCGGUCACAGCUCGCAGUCUUACAUACAGUCACACCCAUGAACAGAAAUUAAAUG